AUGCACGUCUCGCGCAUUCGCUGGCCCCCUUCCGGGGGCUUGUCUGAAGGUCGAGAUUGGACAUUGGGCCACUCGUACGCUGCCGCUACCGGCCAUCUGUCGCACCCGCCGUCGCUCGGCGAAUCCCCCGAUCUCUUUACCGUGCGUGAUCCGUCCGCCAAUCUGGCGACCCUCGCAGCACCAGGCAUGAGCACCGCGCUGGAUGCGCUGGCAGCCCAGCCGUUGAACGCGCGCCGUGCCGGAGCGCCGACCCUCCCCAGCUUUGAGCUGCCGCCGCCACCGUUCAACCUCGCGGCAACGUCCAAGUACCCUUCGCAACCCAGCCAGCCUGCAUCACAAGCCCCAGCCAGCGUCGGGAACCUGCUCACGCCACCCGCCACAAACCAGUCCGGGGAGAGCGCCACCCCAUCCCACACUCUGGCACCUUCCACCGGGGGGUCCUCGGAUCUACCCUCAUACUGGUCCAACCCCAACCUGUACGCCGCGGGCCCGCCGCAUGCGCAGGCCUGGGCACACUCGGUCUACCCAGCACGAAGCUCUUUCUCUCCACAGUCCGGCCUAGUAGGUCGUGCCUCGUCCAUCACAUCUCCUCCUACCACCGACGGUCUCUCGACUCAUGAGAUGCCGUCGAUGUCUUCAUUCCCACAGCCACUCCCCGCUCCUUCCUCAACCAUGUCCCAUAUGGCUGGCGGAAUCUACCCACCCGCUACCUCACCGCCGUCGCUAUCGUCGAAUGACCCGUACGCCCCCCACAAGGCGCAAUCCAUCCCGUCUGCCGGACAACCACACAUCGGCUUUCCUCGCCAGCCGUGGCCGUCGUACUCUCUGCCGGCCAUGAAUGGUCCGAUCAUGACGAAUGUACACAGUCCGAACACCCCCAUGUCGAUGAUGGGAGGCAUGCAAGCGGGCAUGUUGCCCGGGUUCAAUAGCGGUCAUGUUGCGAAUUCACAGCACAUGUAUGGCGCCCACCAACCGCCGCAUGGCAUGCCUGCUCCGGCGGCUGAUCGGCCGUUCAAGUGCGACCAAUGCCCGCAAAGUUUCAAUCGCAAUCAUGACCUCAAGCGACAUAAGCGGAUCCACCUGGCCGUUAAACCGUUUCCUUGCAAGCACUGUGACAAGAGUUUCUCCCGCAAGGAUGCAUUGAAGCGACACAUUCUCGUCAAAGGCUGCGGCAAGGACGAAACCGAUGACCGAAACCUGAGUGGGGCUGCCGACGAAUCGGUCAAGAGCAGUGGACUGAGUGAAGACGGGAGCCCGGUCAUGAAUGGACAUGUCUGA